UUAGAAGGAGGGGCGGGGCCUGCUGCGCGGGCGGCGACCUGGAGGGCUGAGGGUCCACCGGGGCGGCCGCACGGGAGCAAGGACCGGCCCGCCGCACCGACGCCGCGGGGACGUCAGCGGCGCGGCCGCGGCUGGGAAGCCAGCAGCUGCGGUCGACGGACAGACGCUGCGGGAACUGAGGGAGGCGGCGCGGCGGAGCUGGUGAGCAGCAGCCUCGGCGACAGCGCCAUGGACAGCCUCGACAACACCACCCUGCUCGUCGCCGCGUCCUCGCUGCUGCCCGACAACUUCACCCUGUCGCCCAACGCCAGCGGCCCGAGCCCCGGCACCGACACGACCCUAGCUCCCGCCUCUAGCCCCGGGCUCAGCCUAGGUCCCAGCCCGAGCAUCCGUUCCAGUCCCCGCCCGACCCCGACCCCGACCCCCUGGACCAGCAGCCUCGCAGGUGGUGGAGCCGGUCAGGGCUCCUCCGCCUUCCCCCGGCCCUGGGUCCCCCACGAGCCCCCAUUCUGGGACACGCCGCUCAACCACGGGCUGAACGUGUUCGUGGGCGCCGCCCUGUGCAUCACCAUGCUGGGCCUGGGAUGCACGGUGGACGUGAACCACUUCGGGGCGCACGUCCGCCGGCCCGUAGGCGCGCUGCUGGCCGCGCUCUGCCAGUUCGGCUUCCUGCCGCUGCUGGCCUUCCUGCUGGCCCUCGCCUUCAAGCUGGACGAGGUGGCCGCCGUGGCGGUGCUCCUGUGUGGCUGCUGCCCCGGCGGAAACCUCUCCAACCUUAUGUCGCUGCUGGUGGACGGCGACAUGAACCUCAGCAUCAUCAUGACCAUCUCCUCCACACUUCUGGCCCUGGUCUUGAUGCCCCUCUGCCUCUGGAUCUACAGUCGAGCUUGGAUCAACACCCCUCUGGUGCAGUUACUCCCCUUAGGGGCAGUCACCCUGACUCUCUGCAGCACUCUCAUCCCCAUAGGGUUAGGUGUCUUCAUUCGCUACAAAUACAACCGUGUGGCUGACUACAUAGUGAAGGUUUCUCUGUGGUCUCUUCUAGUGACUCUGGUGGUCCUUUUCAUAAUGACAGGCACCAUGUUAGGACCUGAACUGCUGGCAAGCAUCCCUGCAGCUGUUUAUGCAGUGGCCAUUUUAAUGCCGCUGGCAGGCUACGCCUCUGGCUACGGCUUAGCCACUCUCUUUCAUCUUCCACCCAACUGCAAGAGGACUGUGUGUCUGGAAACAGGAAGUCAGAACGUGCAGCUCUGUACUGCCAUCCUCAAACUGGCCUUUCCUCCCCGUUUCAUCGGAAGCAUGUACAUGUUUCCCUUGCUUUAUGCCCUUUUCCAGUCUGCGGAAGCAGGAAUUUUUGUUUUAAUCUACAAAAUGUAUGGAAGUGAAAUAUUGCACAAGCAAGAUCUAGAUGAAGAUGAAGAUACAGAUAUUUCUUACAAGAAACUGAAAGAAGAGGAAAUGGUAGACACAUCUUAUGGUACAGUGAGAGCAGAUGAUUUAGUAAUGAUGGAGACCACUCAGACUUCUCUCUAAACAUGGAGACACUCAGGAGUUUCUAUCUGGCUGAAAUAUCACUUCCUAUUCAUGACCUGUGGUAGUGUAUAUGGUUUACAUACAGGGUAACAAUUGGCUCCCAUUCUGUGUGACAGAUUUGAUCUUCCCAGUGUAAAGUUGCAUCUCAAGUGUUUUCAUGAAUGAUCAGUGUUCUAAUAUUGCUUGCACCUGGGUCAGCUAACGUGAAGCCUCUGAUUAAGUGCGCUUUUUGUUUUUUGCCAUUAUCAAUUUCCAUGACUUUUUACAGAUAGAAACCACUGUAUUAAAAAAUGGGGUUUGGAAA